AUGGGGCUUAAGUUUGACCAGAAGCUGUCGGCCCAGCGAGUGAGAAAGGAGGGGCUGGAGCAGAAGGAGGCCGACAUAAAGGAUUAUCUGAGGAACUUUGACAGUUUUCUUAAGGAGAGUCAGCUGAAGUGGAGCCAGGCGGCGAGGAGGGCUGUGAGGGAGCAGGCGUUGGCAGCCCAGGCUGCAGCACAGCUGGCCUUCCUGAGGAGAGAGCUGAAGGAACUCACAUUGAAGAAAGAAAAACUGUUGACUUUGGUACAGAAGCACAAAAUAUUCCCCUGCUAUCUAGAUCAAGUGGUCAGAGCCAGUGAGCAGUUCCAGGAGGCCUGGCAGGCAACGUCCCGGAUGGACACGCUGCUGCAGACCAGGGAGGAUCUUCUGAGCAGCACUCAGCAGAACGAGAGCUGCUCCCAGGGGAUCCGCGUCCAGCUCCGGCACAUCCAGGACCAGACCAGCGGCACGCUGCUGCUGCUCAACAAUCAGUUGGCCAGCCUGCAGGUGGAGCUGGACCGGGCCCGGCAUCACACCUCCGUGUGGGACAACCGGUGGGCUCACAUCCAAAACACCGCAGCCAAGGACACCCUGUUGUUGGGAACCAUCAAAGUCGCCAUUUUAAACCUGUAUCAAAUCACCAGCAAGAAAACCAAAGAUGGCAAAGAGACUGUGGCCCUCGAGGACACAGCCACACAGCUGGAGAAGGUCCAGACGUACCUCAGGAAUCUUUCGGCUGUCUGGGAGGAGGUGAACCAACGCUGACUUCUUCAUGAGGAUCUUUUAACUCCAUAUGAACCAGUCUGAAAUAAGUAGUCUAACAGUCAUGACAUGGACUUCUGGUUCUUUUAUUGGGAAACAAUGCUAGCAGGUUGUAAACAGGGGGAUCCACAGUUCAAGCCCUCCUGACUGAUGUGUGCAUGUGGUGAGACAAGAUGGAACAAGAA